AUGCCGCCCUUUAGGAGGAAGAAAGCUGCCAAGUCGUUCCCUGUGAAAGUGUGUACAUUGGACGCGGAGUUAGAGUUCAACCUUGAGUGGCGUGCAACGGGAAGGGAUUUGUUUGAUCUAGUAUGCAGGACUAUAGGACUGAGAGAAACAUGGUUUUUUGGGCUGCAGUUCGAGGACACAAAACAUUUUAUAAGCUGGCUGAAAUUGGAUAAAAGAGUACAAGACCAAUGCGUAUCUCAAAUGCCAGGAACCCCAUUCAUGCUCCUCUGCAAGCUUUAUCCCGAAGAUGUAGCAGAGGAACUGAUCCAGGAGGUGACCCAACACCUACUAUUCUUGCAAGUGAAGCAGGCUAUACUCAGUAUGGACAUAUACUGUCCUCCGGAGGCUUCGGUGUUGCUAGCUAGUUAUGCAGUGCAAGCUAAGUAUGGUGAUUACGAUGAGACCGCAUCAAAACCUGGCAUGCUGGCCAGUGAAGACCUACUGCCCCAAAGGGUGAUAGACCAGUACCAGAUGACGCCGGAAAUGUGGGAGGAGAGGAUUAAGACAUGGUAUGCAGAUCACAAAGGUAUGUCGAGAGACGAAGCAGAGAUGGAAUAUCUGAAGAUAGCGCAGGAUUUAGACAUGUACGGUGUCAACUAUUUUGCUAUCAAUAAUAAAAAAGAGACAGAUCUUUACCUCGGUGUGACGGCUCUGGGCCUGAAUAUAUACGAGAAAGACAAUAAAUUGACUCCCAAGACGACGUUCCCCUGGUCUGAGAUAAAGCACAUAUCCUUUGAUGAUAAGAAGUUUGUGAUCAAGUUUGUUGAUAAGAGCGUUAACAAUUUUAUAUUUUUCUCACCAAAGGGAAUGAAUAAAUUGAUACUAGAUCUAUGCAUCGGCAACCAUGACUUAUACAUGAGGAGACGGAAACCAGACACGAUGGAAGUACAGCAAAUGAAAGCUCAAGCUAAAGAAGAGAAACAGAGGCGGCAGAUAGAGAGGAACAAAUUGGCGAGAGAGAAACAGUUGCGAGAGGCAGCGGAGAGAGAAAGAGCUACCAUGGAACAGAGACUUCUGCAGUACCAAGAAGAGAUCAGACUGGCUAAUGAGGCUUUGCGUCGUUCCGAAGAGACAGCGGAACUGUUGGCGGAGAAGGGCCGCGUUGCUGAGGAAGAGGCGUCGCUCCUGGCUCAGAAGGCGUCUGACGCGGAGAGGGAGAACGCCAGGCUGCGGCUGUCCGCCAUCAGGACCGAGGAGGAGAAGGUGCACCUAGAAAGAAAAACUCGAGAAGCGGAAUUCCUAACUGCUCGACUUGUCGAGGAAUCAGAGAAGCGAGCAGCAGAAGCGGAGAGGCUCAAAGCUGAACUUCUAGCAGCGAGGGUAGCUGAGAAACAAGCAAAGGAAAAACUGCUUAACUUCCUCAGUAGAACCUCCUCAGGUUCAUUACCACCUCCUCCGACAUCAAACACGGUACCCUCAUCAAUGUUCCCGUCAACAUGCUCAUUGCCAGCGGAGCUAGGUGGUGAAAUACUCCAGAACGGCUCCACUGGGGACGAUAUCAAUUCGUACCAGCUGGUGUCUGAUGAUGACCCUCACGUGCACAGACUAUCGCUGGAAAUUGAGAAAGAGAGGGUAGAGUACCUGGCGAAGUCGAAGCACCUGCAGCAGCAGCUGGACGAGUUGCGCUGCGAGUUCUCCGUGCUGCGGGUGGAGCAGAGCGGCGCCACGCUCGACCGGCUGCACGAGGCGCAGGCGCGCGCCGGCGACGACAAGUACUCCACGCUGCGCCGCCUCAAGCAGGGCUCCACGCGCACGCGCGUCGCCUUCUACGAGGAGCUGUAG